AUGACGAACCAAAGCGUGCUAGACUCCUUGUCGCAGCUGUCGGACUCGAUCAAGCUCACCUUCCAGCUCAUCAGCCGCCUAUCCAAGCUCUCCUUCCAACCAGGUUCCACCCCACUGCAAGGAGACGGUGACGUCCGCAUCGAGCUCUCACACGACAUUCGUGACGCUCUCAAACAACACGACGACACGCUCGAUAGCCUCCGGCAGGAAAUUGAAGACAUUGUAGAAUUCGGGACCACCUCUCAACGUCGUCGCGACAGUCUCAAGGACAGGGAACGCGCUCGUAUUGCUGCUCAGCUUGCCCGCCUAGACGAGGACUUGAAGCACGCCAGAAGCCAGUUCCGUGCUGCCCAACUCUCGUCGAAACGCGCCUCGGAGGCAGCUAAGCAAAAAGAACGUGAGAUCCUAUUUGUCUCUCUCCAACAACCCGUCGAGCCCGACUCCACUUCGUCGACUCCUGAUCCUUUCGCUGCUCGUCGUCCCCAGCCCAAGCAGUUGACUCAGGACGAACUUCUUAUCAACGCUUCGACCGACGUGACCUCUGCCCUUCGUCGUACUCAUAACCUGCUCACUUCGGAGCUCUCUCGUUCGCGCUUUGCACAGGAGACUCUUGACCAAUCUACGGCCGCUCUCGCCGAUCUAGGUGAGCGCUACACUGAUCUUGAUUCUCUUCUCAGUAACAGUAAGAAUCUUCUUGGAACCCUCGUAAGAAGCCAAAAGAGUGAUACUUGGUACCUCGAGACUGCUUUUUACAUUCUCAUCACAACCAUCUGUUGGCUGGUGUUCAGAAGACUCAUCUACGGUCCCGCUUGGUGGUUUCUCUGGCUGCCCUUCAAGUUCCUGCUGCUCAAGCCGUUGUAUCUCCUGCUUGCUGUGUUUGGUAUCACUGGUCGCUCUUCGGCUGCUACUGCAGUAUCCGCGUCAUCAAGUGUUCCUACACAGCCCACAAUACGUGUCCAACCUAGCGCAUCAGGCGAUCGACCUACUUUCCGGAGAGGUAUGGACCAACGCUCGGCAAACGUCAUACCUGUCGGAGGCGGCGGUGCAAAGGCUGGCAGGAAUGGUCAGCCUCAAACCCAAGACCCCAGUCCUGAGGGCAGCAUGUCGCAAGACAUCGGCCAGAUGGCAGAAGCCAGUCGUGAGCAAUUACCACAGCAGCAAGGAGAACAUAAGGAGCCUCAGAGAAGGGGAGACGGCACCAUUCUCAAAGAAAGAGGCGACAUUCCUCGUAACCCAAAGAAAAAAGUCUGGGAAGAGGAUGUCGAAUCAGCUAAGCACGAAAUGAGAAAGAGAGACGAACUCUAA